UUCAUUUUCCACAGCUGUUGGUGAUGGCGGAUGUUGUUGAUAAAGACACCAUGAAGAAUUACCACAUAGCGUCAGAGAAAAUAAACACAGAGACCAGUCGCUAUCCGUACUGUAUUGUGUGGACUCCUAUCCCUGUGUUAUCAUGGCUGUUUCCAUUCAUUGGCCACAUGGGAAUCUGCACCUCCACCGGUGUCAUCAGAGACUUUGCUGGACCUUACUUUGUCUCAGAGGAUAACAUGGCUUUUGGAAGGCCGACAAAGUACUGGAUGCUAGAUGUUAGUAAAGUCUAUGCGAGUGGCUCCAAUGCCUGGGACACAGCAGUACACGAUGCUUCAGAGGAGUAUAAGCACAGGAUGCACAACCUCUGCUGUGAUAACUGCCACUCACAUGUGGCCAUGGCUCUGAAUCUGAUGCGGUACGAAAACAGCACCUCAUGGAACAUGGUCAACCUCUGCCUCCUCGCUCUGAUUCAUGGGAAACAUGUCAGCUGUGCCGGCUUUCUGAAAACCUGGCUGCCUUUCUUGAUGCUGAUGGGCAUCAUCCUCACGGUGGCCCUGGCCCUCAACCUGCGAUGACCUGUGAGGCAGGUCAGGGUGACAGCGGAGCCCCCUGCAGGCUGAACGAGGGGUCGAUCUGUAAGAACUGUGGGGGGGCAUCACAGGGUGACUAAUCGAGGAUAUAAAGACGACUCGCCUCCAGGAGGAGAUGAUUAAACAGGAGUGUCCAACAUGUACACCAACACAUGCUUGGUUCGAAGCAGACAGCCUGUUUGUGGCGAUUCUGUGGUUGUGGAGCUGGAAUGCCCAGGUGGUGGAAAUUCAUUCACAUUCAGCCGUUUAUUAUGAGACAGAAAGCGAAAACACCACCAUCUCCAAAUCUGUGAGAACCAAACAACACUCUUAAAGGAUUUUUGAAAUUCUAACAGCAGGUUAAAGCAAUCACCAUGUGCAGAGUGUACAGGUUAUAUUAAUAAUGGGAUAGAAGUGCAUACUGUUCAUUGUUGGAAGGAGAACACAUUCAUGCCUUGCUUCACAUUUUACAAUGGGAGAGUAAUCCAAUGUUCCUGUGCUUCCAGGAUGCCAUUUUUCUACUGUGGAGCACAAACAGGUAAAUCAGUCUGAUGCCUUUCUAGGAAUUAAUGCAUUUCAUGCUUGAUCUAUAAUGUAGCUCUUCUCCAGCACUCAAACCUAAACAUGCCAGAGCAGUUUGUAUUUUUGUGCAUAUUCUUACGUGUAUUUGGUCUGACUGUAGAAUAUCAAAAAGUUUGCAUCUUAUAAAAAGAAAUAUUUUCUCAGAGAUAUAUUUUACAUGCAUUGCAUAUAUCAACUCACUUUCAUAGGUUUACAAUAAAUGUUUUCAUACCUAGAACAGCAGAACAUCAGUGCAACGAUUGUAGCAACCUGGAUGAAUGUGUCUGUAGGAGAUACCUCACUGAACUGCAGGGCUGUACCCAACUCUGAUUGUGUGUCACUUGAAUUCAGUUUGGCUGUUGAGGACAAAUUUACUGCAAUUUUGUCCCUUUUUUUUUUAUUCUCUUACAUCAGUCUUCUUGGUUGGGCUCAUGUUUUAUGUGUGACAGCGUGUCCUAACAGCAUGUGACUCAAGCUAGCAUUGUUGACAAAAUCAGCUUGAUUACAUUAUUUUCUAUUACAGUGUCCUAACAGCCCUCAAGCAGCAGUGCACUUUUCUUUUUCUUUCUGUCGCUCACAUAAACAUGGACAACAGACAAGGAAAGAGAUAGAGAACGAAGCACUGGGAGUGUCUGAAUUGAAGAUUUUCUUAACUUUAUUUAAUUUUCUCACUCCCCAGCUUGCUUAUUAGUCUGUAUUACAAAGUUGAAAAAGUGGUGCCCUUAUAAUAUCCAAAUCCAUGAAUGAAAACUAUCUGGUUCACCGUAGUGAAAGACUCAUCAAGACAAAGCAAUACACUCCUUUUUUCUACAACUUUACAAUAAAAGCACUAGAUAUCAAACUGAUUACAAGGAAAAACUUAAAUCCACAGAGAAGAGAAGAAAAUCUUUAACGGAUGCAAUACAGGCAGAAAGCGUGCAAUGUUGCAUGAGGAGAAGCAAUGCCUGAUGCUCACGUGCUGUUAGAACAUGCUACAAGAUAAAUUUUUAUCACAGGUGCCAGCUGUUUAAAGGACAUUUUAACACCUCACACUGUUUUUUUUUUUUUUGUUUCAUGCCUUUGUUUAUAUUUUAUUAUUUUACUGGAAGGUAGAUUUUUGUCAGCUAGCUGCAUGCAGCUCACUCAAAGACGCCAAAGUUAACCAUACAGCUUUUUAAUUCUGUUUUUGCACUGGUUUCUUCACCUCUACAGAAAUCCUGCUGCCUGUAGCAUUUUUAGGGGACACUGUUUAUUGCACUGAGGUUUCAGUUUAAAGGCGGCAGCUCUGGAGAAAAAUCUAUGUCCUUUGGUUUUCUAUUGGUGCCAAAUGUAGGGGAAUGAAAGACCUACUCAAACUGUGCUCUUAGGCUGGCUACACACUAGAUGACAUUCAAAUCAAACCUGAUUUUAAAACAUGAGAAACUACAAACUUCAAACACACACAUCGUGUGGUAAAUAUUUCCCAGUGGUAAUUCCAAAGUCACAAGAUCUCACAGAAACUUGAUCAAAAAUGACUUAAGUAGUAAAACAAGCACAGAUGAUGAUCAACGUCAGCUGGUUCAGCACUCAUGUUGUUGCCAUUAAUUGACUAGCUGGUCUUCUUUUUCAGUUUUCCAUUUAGCUUAAGGUGCAGUUGUGUUUAUGUUUGCUACCAAUUGGUGGUGCUUCCCAGCCUGCUUGCUCUUAUUGGCUAUUGCAGAUAUUCUGGGGAUGCAUGAUAUUGGAUUUUUGUUUUAAUAAAAACAUAAAAUGUGGCUAAUUUAGAGUUGACUCAAAGUGCUGAGUGGCUACUCUUGAUACCCCAGAGGCUUUCACAGUGAAAUAUGAUCUUUCUGUGUUGUGUCAAACUACGAGGUAAUACAGAUCUCCAACUAGGUUGUUAAUAACAAGGUGUAAAUUCACCUAAAUUCAGAUUCAACAGCUAAUUUGGGAUGAAACGUGGGAUCAUUCACAUUCACAUUGUGCUACUGACAGUCAUGUGUUGUAAAAGUCAAACCUGUGACCAUUUCCUUGUUGUUGCCAGAAAGCUUGGACCUCCUCGUUUUGGCUAGUUUUAGUGUAAAUUUUUUAUUCUAUUCUUGAUGCUUUUCAAAAUGUGAUGAAGUACAAUAUUUCCUCAGAAAUAUUCUUUAGUAAAAGUAAUCAUUUUAGAAAGUACUAAAAAUAGUACAAGUACACAAAAAGCUACUCAAUUUCAGUAAUUUGAGUAAAUGUAAUUAGUUACUUUCUUUCCCUGCUUAUGGCUGAUGGUAGCAGCCAAUAUGUAGUAGAUUUUCAUAUCUGACACCGGCAAAAAUGUAAAAUAUCUACUGAUAAUAUUGUGCAACCCAAAGAUGUGCCAUCAAAGGCAUCCCAAUAUCUGGAAUUAUAAAUAUAAUUUGAAAUCUUUUGAGAUACAGUUCAAGAAACCAGCAGUAAAUCAGUUGUUUUGACGCCACACACGAGAGGAUUACUUGGAAACAUCAUCAGUCAGGACAGCCCCUGAAUUGGGCCACACGCCAUAAUUAUUGGGAGCAAAUGGGCGUAAAACAUUCUAGUGUGUAUCCAGCCUUAAAUAUCUCAGAGGGCAUUCACUAUGUUUACAUGCAGUUAGGAAAAGAUGAGUUUUUAUGCAAGUUAGAACAGAACUGGACUGUUAAAAUGCAUGCAGACAUACUAGUCCUGCUGAAAUUGUACUCAAUCAAGUUUCUUUAGUCGGACCUGAACACCUGGAUAUGUUGGCCGUAGACUGAUUAACUCUUGCAUGUUUACACCUCAUCCAGACCCAGACUGGACUCUGUUUUCUCCUCAUGCUCCACACUUUGCAUGCUGUGCUUUGACCCAGAAAUCGAACAGUGUAAAUUCUAAGUGCAGCUGAAGUUGCAUUAUCAUCAGCCUUGGGAUAUCGCCAUUGGCUAGAGGGAUCGUAUGCAUUAUAUUAGCACCAAAAGUAAAGUGUUGGGUAUGAAUGAAAUGUACAGUUGUUCAUGUUUCCACUGUUUGUCAUACAUCUGGUCUGCUUUUUUCAAGGUCAGCUGGGAAAAAGUCUGGUAGUAACAGGCCUAAAGAGGUAAUGUUGCCAUCAAGCAUUGGGAAGUUGGACAAUUUUGGUAAAUACUUUGGAUUUUCUCCCAGUGCUUGUGUACUAGGACAAGGACAGAGUCCAGUCACAUAUCCUAAUCAAGCCACAGUUAUGGCUUAACUUUACAGUGCAUGUAAACAUACUGAGUGGGACAGCUGCUGGCUUGAGCUUGUCAGAGUAAAGACACAUGAUCUAAUGUUUUUGAUCUACCUGAUAACUAAACUUCAGUUUAGAGAGAAUCAAGAGUCAGUGCCUAAAAUCACACAUCCCUCAUGUUUUAUAUUCUUGUGUUUAGUUUUUUAAAACUGAACUCCACAUGAUAGUCGGCACUCAAAAUCCGUUGCCAUGGCUGUCAUGAGUAGAUUCAAAUCCCCUUAUUGUUUGCAAUCAAACAGAAAAAAGUGUUGAUCCCUUCUUUGUCCGUGUUGCUGCCAGAAGCAGCAGGUAGCCAGGAUCCUCAGGUUUUUCACACUCACCGACUUCUGCUGAAUAUCUCCAGCUUCCCUGUUGAGCAGCGUCAUUCCUGCUGGUUUUCACCUCUCUAGAAAAGAAUCAAAGUUCAUUGUGAAAUGUCAGCGCUGUUUCACGAAGCUUUGCUAUAUACAAGCCAAUAAUCCAAAGUAGAUGUCAUUAAAGUGUGAGCUUAUGAAUAAAAAUCUGUUUUCUUUUCCGUGUUUUGGGUUGAAACAGUGCCACUUUUCUGGACUUGCUCUUCUCACUGGGCUUUUGUUGAAGGCAGAUACUCUGUGGCCUCUUGUGUGUAUCUCACCCAUGUUGCCUGUAAAUAUUUGAACACACAUUACAAUGUACACCAGGUGCUCUUUAUAUACUUUGCAAAGUUGACGUUCACUAUACAGAUUUAUCCUUUGAAUUAUUCACUGUAUGAUUUUUGUUCUUUGUAUUGUUUUAUUUCUGCUCGGCAGUGAAGCAGAACUGUGCCUGAGUAAGUGUGUGUGUUUGUGUGUGUGCUAGUCAUGCACACAGCGAGUGAGUAGAGAGAGCAUAUGAUCGCAUGCCAGCAUGUAUGUACUGCAUGCGUGCAAGAAUACGAGUGUUAGAGAGAAGUUUGACUCAUACUGUGGCUUCUUUAUUAAUAAUCAGCUGCAUUUCACUGCAGCCAACUGCCUACUUAUUAAUUUCUAAAUUUAUUACUGCAUAUCCCUCUCUUAAUCUCUUUACAAUUGUAUGUAAUUUCUGUUAAACCUUGAGAGAAUAAAUAAUAAAUUAGACUACAACA